CACAAACAUGGGUACCAACCAAUCCCAAGAGGAGAAGCCGAAGGAGACGCCCGAGGAGAUGAAGGAGGAGAAGGAGGAGAAGGAGGAGAAGCCGAAGAAGAAGAAGAAGAAGAAGUCGAAGACGCAGAGAAGAAACGAGAGAAAGAAUGCCUUUGAAAAGGCGAGGGAGAAGGCUUUGGCCGGUCUGGGGCCGGAGGAGGAAGGCGACGAGGAGGUACGAAUUUUCGAUUGUGCUGCCCUUUUCGGAACAUCCUGAUACCUGGGAGAUUAUUUACAAGCUCCAUCCGAGCUUGUACUAGAGCCAGAUGGCAUAUUCUAGUAAAGGGGUAUGCUGACGGCCAUAUAGCAGGCGAGAUACCGGGCGCGGGUGCUGGCUGGAGUGGGAUUUGGAGAGGAAGAGGAGGGCUGCAAGCCGGGUGGGGUGAAGCGGGGACGGGAGAAGGAUGAGGAUGAGGACGAGGAUGAGGGCGCUCCGCCGGUGAAGAAAUUCCCCGGCAUGACUUUGAAGCCGUAAAUUUGUUUUUUUAUUACCAAAAGAAUGUUUUUAUAGAAAGGAAGAGUGUUCUGCGCUG